UUGAUGAUCCGCAUCAGCUGCCCGCGUCUCCCGUUCCCCGCAGCUCAGUUCACCACACCCAGUCGCUCCAUACCUCGAUCGGAUUCGGAUCCAUGGCCAAGCUCGCCGUCCUCCUCCUCGCCGUGGCGGCCUCCGCCACCACACUGGCGCACGCCCUCGAGCCCCCGACUCGGAUCAAGCUGAUCCGGGGCGCGGACGCCGGCGGCGUGUCCGGCGACAGCAUGGAGUGCGUGUACACGGUGUUCAUCCGGACGGGGUCGAUCUGGAAGGCGGGGACGGACUCGAACAUCACGCUGGAGCUGGUGGCGGCGGACGGCAACGGCGUGGGGAUCUCGGACCUGCCCUCCUGGGGCGGGCUCAUGGGGCCCGGCCACUCCUACUUCGAGCGCGGCAACCUGGACAUCUUCAGUGGCCGCGGGCCCUGCAUGGCGAAGACGCCGUGCUGGAUGCGCGUGGCCUCCGACGGCACGGGGCCGCACCACGGCUGGUACUGCAACUACGUCGAGGUCACCGUCACCGGCCCGCACCAGGGGUGCGCGCAGCAGCUGUUCACCGUCGAGCAGUGGCUCGCCACCGACGCCCCGCCGUACAAGCUCGAGGCCGUCGUCGACAACUGCUCCGCCGCGGCUGGCGCCGCCGCGGCGUGAGCCCGUCCGUCCGGGUCCGGCCGGCCGAGGAGGGAGCCGCCGUUUGGUGACGCGUCGUAAUAAGCUGCGUGGGGCCGUUGUGUCACCUCGUGAUUAGCGUGCGCCACGACACGAUGUAAUGGCCGGCGAUAGAUGUGCUUGCUGGGGUCGUGCAGCGAGUCGAAUAAUCGGGAGCCGUCUCGCGAGGGACGAUCGAUGUGUAGUGAGUAGGCUUGGUGUUCUUGUUGAUGCCCUUUUUUUUGUGGUAAAAAGCGGAUCUUGAUCCGUGUUUUGAUCUUUGUGGAA